CGCUACGGUCGCACGAAGCGCGAGUCAGAUUCUGCGGAGCACGGUGCAAUUGCAAGCUAUCGCUUGCAUCGUAGGUUUCGUUGGAUUUUUUACGAAAAAAUUUUUAUUAACGUAAUAAUUUGAUACAACUUAAAUCAAAGAAAAGUUAGAGAAUGGUUUUGGCGGAAAGAAAUUCGGAAAAUGUUAGAAAUGGGCGCAGAUCGAGAGGUCCCAGCCCCAACGGACAGACGGAAUCUUCAAGCGAAGAAGACGGAGUUCCAGCAGAAAAAAUACGUGUUGGAAGAGAUUAUCAAGUCAUUGUUCCAGAAUUUGUUCCCGUCAGUGAACGACGAUUAGAUCAAUGCCCUGACAGGGCAUUAUUGGUAUGGUCUCCUACUACUGAUAUACCUGAUCAAAAAUUGGAUGAAUAUAUCAUAUUAGCAAAAGAAAAAUAUGGUUACAAUGGAGAACAAGCAUUAGGAAUGUUAUUUUGGCAUAAACAUAAUUUAGAGCGUGCUGUAUUAGAUUUAGCUAAUUUUACGCCGUUUCCUGAUGAAUGGACAGUUGAAGAUAAAGUUCUUUUUGAACAAGCAUUUCAAUUUCAUGGGAAAAGCUUCCAUCGAAUUCGUCAAAUGUUACCAGAUAAAUCUAUUGCCAGUCUUGUUAAAUAUUAUUAUAGCUGGAAAAAAACACGAACUAGAACAUCAUUAAUGGAUAGACAAGCUAGAAAAUUAACAAGUGGUGGAAAGGAAGGAGAAAAUGGUAGUGAAAAUGGAAGUGAAUUAGGUUCCAAUACAGAUAGUGAAUCAGAAGAAAAAAAAUGGACGAUCCACCGCGGAAUACGUCGUGGAAAGAACCAAGCUGUGCCAGGAAGCCAAGGCACUGACGCCAAAGCCCCAUCCGACUCGGAAAACGCCCCUCAGGUUCAGGGCUCGUGUAGCAACUGUGGCGUUGCUUGUCAUAGUGUUCGUGCGACGCCAAAAGGACACGCGUGUCACAGCUGCUAUCUGCACUGGAGGCGAACUGGUGUAGCAAGACCAUUAAGUUCCAUGCCAGGUCGAACAAACAAAAGAAAACCACCUCGCGGUCUCGUUGUUAAUCAUGAUGAUUUAGCAGCAUUGGCUGGUCAACCGAAUCAAGCAAACAACAGUUUACAAGCGAUUGACACCGAAAUUGUUAGUCUAAAACGUCAAAUACAAUCAAAUAAACAACAAGUAAGUGCACUGAAGCGUAAAACAACUGAUGGUAUUGAUGAUUUGCGACCCCCAGAAGUAUCAAGUCGUAUAAAUGCUCGUUGGACAAAUGACGAAUUACUUUUGGCCGUUCAAGGAGUUAGAAAAUAUGGAAAAGAUUUUUCUGCGAUUGCUGAUGUAAUUGGAACUAAGACAGAAGCUCAUUUACGAUCGUUUUUCGUGAAUUAUCGGCGAAGAUAUAAUUUAGAUGCCGUAUUAAAAGAAUAUGAAGCUGAAAAUGGUCCGAUAUUAAUUGAUGAUGAGAAAGAAGAAAAGAUGGAUGUAGAUCAGCCAAAUGAAGCAGCAGAAUCAUCGCAAAAAACGAAAUCAUCUGCCGGUAUUGGACAAACGGCUAAAUAACAAAUGACUAUACUUCUGAAUACUACCAAACGUGAAAAGAGCAAUCACAGACACUUUGAUAAUCGAUAAUAUCGUUUAAAAGGUAUUUGUUUAUAAUUCAGUUUGCAAUUUUCACUUCUAAUUAUAUUAUGUUGCUACUGAUGCGAUAUAGAAAUAUCAAGUACAAGCAACAAUUUACAUUAAAUUUAUGUGUAAAAUAAAUCCAUAUAAUGCAUGUAUGGAUAAAUUUAUAUGAACAAAAAUGUGUGAAUUUAUUUAGCUAAACUUACUUUUAAUAUAAUAUGUUUGAAAUGGAAUUUUUAUUAAGCAAUAUAAGAAAAAUAUUAUUCCAUUAAGGACAAUUAGCAUGUAAUUCUAAAAGAUAAAUUAAUGCAUCCUGCAAAUACAACAAGCAUUUUUUUAAAUCCAUUUUAUAUAAUUUCGGAUGCAUAAUAAUUUCUUUUUUUGAAUAAAUUAAUUGUAUUCUGUAGCAUGUAAUAUUUCUAGUUAUACAAAGGGAUAUCUUAAAUCCCAUUUUAAACUAAUGAAAGUAAUUUAACACAAUCGCGUUUAAUGAUUUAUUACUAAAAAAAAUAAUGCUCAAAAAAAUAAUAUACUUUCAUUCAAAUUUUAACGAAAAAUAUUGAAUAUAUUAUUAAAAUACAUCACAGUGAGAAUUUUUUUUAUUAGUUUUAUAGAAUAAAUUUGAGAGAUUGAAAAUUGUGCUAUUGAAAAUAUCAGAUUAAGAAGAAUAUAUUUUUAUGGCUUGCUGCAUAUUCAAUCCAAAUGUAUAAAAAACGAGAAAAAUGGUUCCUGAUAUUUCUAUUAUAUUAUGCAAAAUUAUCUAAUGUACUAAAAUUUUCUGUAUUUCAAAGAAAUGGUGCUUCUAUAUUUAUAAGAGCACAAACUUUUAUAAUCUUAUAAUAGAGAAAUAUUUCAUUUGUAACAAAAAAAUUAUAUUGAAUAAUUUUAAUUGGAUAAAAUUUGCAUACAAAAAGAAUAUUUUAGUAAAUUUUCUGAAAUAAAAUAUUUAUACAAUAUUAAAUAUUCGAACAAAUAUGAAAUAAAUUCGUUUAAAUUUAUUUUCAAGAAAUUAUUUAAUAAUCUCUAUAUGUAUAUAAAAUUUAAUGAUAGAAAUAUAUUAUGAAAAGCAUAAAUUUCGUUUAAAAAUGAUAAUUGUCAUUAAAAAAUAUUUUCAAAAAAACUUUCAUUGAUUUUUCACUAUUUCACGAUACAACACCUAAACCUGAUAUAUAUGUAAUUUUAUUUAUAAUUUCAUGUGUACAUUCACAUUUACUUAUAAUAACAAUAGUAAUAAUACUGUUAGUUUAAUAUCUUUCUAGGUAGUAUUCACUUCUUAAUGUUAAUAAAAGAAACACUCGCAAGCGUGUGUGCACGAUUUCUUUAACAAAACAUGGUAUUCCUGAAAAUGAUUGUGAGAUUAAAUACACUUUAGAAAUUAUAUAAACAUCGAUGUAAAUAGCAAUGAUCACCAAAGAAAUUUACUAUAAUCAUUAGUAACAUAUCACGAAGAUUGGCUGGAACUUACCAGACAAAUAGUUCUCAAAUUUAAAAACACACACACACACACACACACACACACACACACACACACACAAUGCGAUCAGAAGCGAAUAACAAGUUAUUUAAUAAUUUUUUUUAUUUUAAUAUAUUUCAUUCAAACGAUAAUUGAAUGAUUGUAAAAUAUUUAAAUUUUUUAUGAAUUGCAUAGAAAACAUUUUACAUUAUAUAUAAAUAAUAGAAUUUUAAUAUCACUUUAUGGAAAAUAAUCUGUUAUGUUCUGAUCGUUUUUUAUUAUAUUCUUAAAUCGCUUAGUUCUAAUACGUGCAAUUCUUUCGCACACAAACGCAUGAAGCGUAGUGUUCAAAUACAUUAUUAAAUAUAAGCUUUCAUAAUUUAAAAUUGAAGGAGGAAGUUACUUUCAAAUAUUUUGCUAGGUGGAUAAUCUCUUGUUCCGCUAAAAACAACUUCUUUCUUCAAUAAAAAUUUAAUUACGAAUGCAUUUAAUUAGAGAAUGAUGCGCAAUUAACGAAUAAAUGUUUUUUUAAAAAAAAUAAAUCUGCUUAAUGUCCAAAUUAAUUUUGAAAUCACAUUUAUAUAUAUAUAUAUAUCAAUUAUUAAAUUAUUUGUAUAAGAUUUGGAUAAUUCAUAAAGCACAUUGCUAUUAUACAAUACUUUUAACUUGUACGGACGACAAAAAAUUUUUAAUUUAACAAUUUAAAAAAUUAAAUAAACGAUAAAUACAAUACAAUAAAUUUAAUAUAUUAUAUUUAAUUAUAUCAUAUAAAGAUACUAUAGAUAUAAUGAAGUAUAAGGAACGGGAGACAUGAUUAUUCAAAAUUUUCUAAUAUUUUAAGACAAUUAAUAUGUAGCAUAAUGUAAAUAUAAAGUUAUAUGCUUUGUGAAUGUGUACACAUUCAUAUGUCCGUAAAGUGUACAGAUGUAUUUAUUCAAGACUAUUAAAUAUCUCUUGUGUACUUUGA